AUCAUUAAGGAAAAUGUUUCUCUUGUCGAAUGUAUCCUAAUGCUACAGGGUGGAACUGGACCUGUCGGGGGAACAGGACCAGCUGGUCCUCCUGGUAAACCAGGAGAUGCAGGAGAGGCUGGUGAAAAUGGAUUACCAGGACCAAAAGGACCUCCUGGUGAAACUGGAAGACAGGGACCAGUGGGUGCACCUGGGCUUCCUGGAUCAGAUGGUGAAAAAGGUGGCAAAGGGGAAGCUGGUCCUCGUGGUAUAAAAGGCCACACUGGAGAGAAAGGAGAAAGGGGCCUCAUAGGACCCACUGGCCCACAAGGGAGUGAGGGCAACCCAGGUGCACCUGGAGAAAACGGGAAUAAAGGAGAUAUGGGUCCUCCUGGUAUUCCGGGGAUUAAGGGAGAGAUAGGCGCCAAAGGAGACAAGGGACCAAAGGGGCCAGCAGGCCACCGUGGACAACCAGGCCACAUGGGACCUUCUGGCCCUCCAGGUCCUCGUGGGAUGGAUGGGGACAGGGGUGUUUCUGGGCCGCCUGGGCCGCAAGGUCUUCCUGGGCAGCAAACAAGUGAGAAGAGAAUCAGGGAAAUUUGCAACGCCAUGAUUCAAGACCAGAUUGCUGCACUUGCUGUCAGUCUCAGGAGUCCAGUUGUUAAAGGUGCACCGGGCCGUCCUGGAGCCGCUGGUCUCCCAGGACCACCAGGGCCACCUGGGUCUGAAGGUCAACCAGGACAGAAAGGCCCUAUGGGUCCCAGAGGGGAGCAAGGUUUCUAUGGAGAGCCUGGACUGAAAGGUGACACAGGGGAAAAGGGAGAACGUGGAGAACCUGGAGUUGGAAAGCGUGGGAGUUCGGGACCACCAGGACCUCCAGGAGAACCUGGUCUAGAUGGUGUUGGCAAAGCUGGCCGUGAUGGUGCUCGCGGGGAGCAGGGAGUUCCGGGGGAAACUGGUUUUCCAGGCUCUCGGGGUCCCAGAGGCCCACCUGGGGUGUGUGAUCCCACAAGCUGCAUGGGGCCCCCACCAAUGUUCAUGCCAGUGAGCGGGAAAAAAUCCUCCAGUAUGAAGGGUCCAUGAAAAAAGAAGAAACCUAAACAUAAGUUAUACACUAUGAGAGCACAAAAAUAAGGAGUUAAUGCCCUGGUCAUGUCCAAGAUGAACUUGAACUCAACCUGUUACCAUUUCACGAAAGUUAUGAAGACUGGUGAGCUGUGCUUGUCAACCCUUGAUCUUUGAGCUUUCACCUGGCAGUGAUGCCUUGUAUGUUUGUAUAAAUGAACCUGCCCUGUUAACAAAGAGAUAUCCUUGAUGUUGAAUUGUCCUAAAGGUAUGCUAUUGAAAUAUGAAUGAAUACAGAGACAAAAAAAGA